AUGAUCCACUGCGGAGUGAUGCCCGUGAGGGUAAUCGGGAAGUCGCUUUUCAUCAUGCUGCUGUCCGCCGUUCUGUUCUAUGUCGGCACGACCAUGCCGAUCAAGAGCGUGUGCGUCGUCAUUUUUGCCUGGGCCUUCUUUCUUUUCUUCCUCGCCUGCUUUGUCCUGGGGCACCUCUGGAAGUUCAUGCUCGUCAACAUGCUGCUUCUCGCCGUCUUCGUCGUCGCGGUCAACGCCAAGGUGGACGGCUGGGCCGGCGUUGGGCGGGCCCUCGUUCUGAUUCUGUUGACGCAGCUCGGGUCGUCGCGGGAGCGCGGUCACCAGUCCCACCGCUUCUUCAUGGCCCUGUUUUUCGGGCUUCUGGCCGUCGUCGCCGGCGUCGCCCUCUUCGCGGCGCUGCAGCCGCCCGGGGCGACGCUCUUCAGCGUGCCCAGCGAGCUGUCGGAGCCCUUUGUCUUCCCUCUGCACGGGCAGCCCAAUAAGAGCUAUCCGUUCUGCAGCUUCUCGUGGCCCAUGGCGGAAAACGACACCAUGUCAGACAAAUGCAGCGACGACAGGCUCAGCCUGGUCGACUUCGCGCACAUGUCCAACGCCUGCUACACGCUGGGAGACAAGGACGAGAAGGAGACGAAGGAGGAGCUGAAUCGGAUAUUUCCUGGCUGGCAGCUGAUCAAGCGAGUGACGCAGCUGGAUUUCAAGGACAUCAGCUUCAUGCACCUGUCCAGGGGCAAGACGCACGUCGUCGCCGUCAGGGGCACUUUCACGCUGUACGAUAUCCUUCAGGACUUCGACAUUUUCAUGCCCACCGUCGCCCUGCAGCUGGCCGGCGACGUGGGGCCACACGUCCCCGACAUGUCCCGCAUCCUGGGGGCGGUGACUGCCUUCGCGGCCUGGUCGGGGGUCACCGGCACCGGCCAGGGCCCGAACCGGCAGGCGUUUUUCCGCCUCCUCGCCC